AUGCCUUUGUCCCGACCCUCGGUCGUGGUGGUCAGUGCGGCCGCGCAUAAUCGACCAGCCAAUACUCCCAAGAGGCCCUUGCCCAGCAUGAGAAAUGCGGCGAAGAAGAUCGACAGGCCCCAACAUCCUCGCGUUGACACUGGAUCCAUUACGCCAUUGUCCACACUCAAACGUAGGGCGCACCCUCCACGGCUGCGCUCUAUACAUGGUCCUAUGACACCUCACCGUUUGGCAACUCUCAGUCCCAACAAAGCCGAAGGAGUCGCAGAAAUGGCAGGUCUUAUACGCGGUAUGCAAGAUGGCGGCCGCUCUUCAAAUGUUACCACUCGAGAGGUCUUGCCCGAAAGAACCUAUGCAAGCGUAGUAAAAAGUACAGACAAGAUUGGUCGUCAAGUUCCUCAAUUGGGAGCCGUCAGCGGCAUACGGGGUGCAGUGCCAUCUCGGGCUGCCGCUCACCACCGCCGUGGCACGAAGAAGAGUCUUCCUUCCGGAGACAAACUGCCAAGGUCGAUCAGAACGGUUGGACGGAAUGCUCUGGAUGGAAAUGGACGCAUGAUGCAACGAAACAUUCGUGGUGGUCAUAAGGCUCGGCCUGUACAAAAUUCCGCGCUGAAUGCAACGUCGUCUAGACGUAAACGGAUGCCACCUCGUCCCAUGACCGACAUUCUGCCUGACCCGAGACUUACCAACUGGAGGACGUCUUCUGGACAGAGAGGUUCAGCCUCCACGAUUAUGGUGUAUUCCAAAUCUGAUUGGAUACAGCGACCGAACACACCUGGACUGCUCGUUCAAAACAACAGGAAGCAGGCAUCUGCGGAUGGCGAUGAGCUGACCGACACUGCUAACCGUACAGCCAUAUGGUUGCUUCAAUCGGCCACAGACGUAGACUGGGCCGAGUUCUCUCGGGUCCGUGCAAACACCAAUGAAGCGAGACAGAUUGCCAGCAGGAAGACUGGAGACCAAAUGAAAGGCUUCCAGACUGUCAUCCCAGCGUGCAAAUACAAGCCGUCCCGCACGUUGACGUACCUUCACUCGGAUCUCCAUCUGCACCAACAGGCGGGACAAAGAUGGAAGACAAUGUCGGUAGAUGAGCGUCACGAAGCGACCAUGAAGGCAUUCAGCAAUGGAUCUGUUGAAGCAACAAAACAGGCUAUAAGCACGAAGCAGCUAUCGGCCCACGAGACGAGAGUUUGA